GAGGGGGGAGGGGGUAUCAAAAAUCGCUUUAAAAAGCUACGUCAUUUAUGGACGACCCCUUUAUGGAUUGCUGUAGAAAUUCACAAUAGAACUUAUUUUGUAUUUCUGCUGUGUUUCCUUCAGAAAUAUCUCUUGGAAUUCUAGGAUUCCUCCAGAAAUUCAUCCAAGAAUUCUUUCAGAUAUUCCUCUAGGAAUGUUUCCGCAGUUCUUCCAGAAAUUUCACAGAAGCUACUGGAGGAAUCAAUGAUAGUUGCGACUGACACUUGAUAUUGACUUUUGUUUGCGGCGGCUAUCUCAGUCACGCAGUUUAUAGGACAAAACUAUUUUAAAGGACUCCUAGGAGAAACUUUCGAUUUUCUGGAAUAUCUGUUCCCAGAAUUUUUGAGAAAUUUCUUGAGAAACUUCUGAAGAAAUUAAAAAAAAAACUUCCUGUAGGAAUUUCUGAAAGUAUAUCUGAAUGAAUUCCUGAAGAUGUUCAAAAGAAUAAAUGAUCAGGAAUACAUCCGAUGGAGAUACCUGGAAGAAUUCGUUGGAGUAAUUCUUGAUGAAAUCAUUCAACAAAUUCCAAAAAAAAGGUAAAUCCUUCGCGCGGACAAGAGAUAGCUCCAGGUGCGUACUACCCAUAACGGUACAACUGGGUCCCGGAUAUUCGAAUUUGAUUUGUAUUCUAAAAACUUUUGUUGCAAAAUUUAUUUAUUUUUUUCUAUUCAUCUCGUAUUUGGUCGCGGUUUUUAGUUUCAUCAGAUGAACACUUCAUUUUUAUUACAUUCUCUAGAUUUGAAAAACAAAAAACGGAUAAUUUGUCAAUGUUACUGAUUACAGUACAUUUACUUCAGUAAAAUCCUCUAAAAGCUGAAAUAAUCUUUCUAAUGAUGCUGAACACGUUUCGUUGCUGAUUUUUACCUAACAUGUCUUCUGGCUCAUAUAGCCGCAGCUAUCAAAGCGUGGGUAUUCAGCAUGACUAUGCUGAGAGUGAUGGGUUCGAUUCCCGGUCGAUCCAACGUCUUUUCGAAAGGAAAUUUCCUUGAUUUUAUUGGGCAUAGAAAACUGUGGAAAGUGCUCAUAGAACAUACAAAACUGAGAAGCAGGAUUUGUUGCAGUGGAGAUGUUAUGCCAAGAAAAAGAAUAUAAUCUAGAAAACUUCUCGUUCAUUUUUUUCAACUUUUUAUUUAUACUUGAUUAUACCAUUUUUAUGAAGCUUUAUUUAUCUUCAGCUUGUCAACGUAUUUGCUGACACAUAUUCGUUCUUCAGUCGAAGCCCAUCUCUUAUCAGGUUGAAUUUAUCUCGUUUCCAAUUUUCUCUACCAACGGCCUAGUUCACCCAAACAAAUAAAAAAAAAUCGAUAAAAAGUCACCAAUCGACGCGUAUGCAUUGAUAACACAAAAUAUCAUAUAUCUGUGAGAAAAGUGAGAAAACAUAGGGAAAUAAAACACAAGCGCCCAACUCUUUUUUAGUGAGCGAAUCCGUGUGGAAUAAAUGUAUUGGACAAAAUAAUAACCCAAGCGGGCCUUGCUGAUAGUAGAAGAUAUGAGAAAUCCCAAAAUCUUCGGUUUUGAUUCGCUUCGCGACGCGGUCCGGGUAGGUAUUUUCUAGUUUUUCUUCCCCGCUCAUUACAUCACGCGCGCGCGAUUCGAUAGGUGUGUGAUAACACCUAUCAUCAUUGGCAUUGUCUCCGGUGCCGCGGUGUUCGCACCGCACUUUCAGUAGGUUGUUAUCUCUAUCAGGAAAAAGGGCAGAUGUUUACUAUUGAUGCGGCGGAAGCUUCCUAGCGCGGAAUUGGAAGUAGGCCACAGUGUUGUUGAGGCGUUCGUCACGGGAAGGUGCAACUUCGGAAGCCGGUGCAGCGUUCGUUCCGAUAUUGACUAAUUAUUCGUUGUUGCUGCAAACGCCCAAUCGAGGCAAGUGAAGCGUGACAAACGUCGACGACGACGACGACGUCGGACGGUUUUGAAUUGUUUGUUGAAACAACCAAUUAGAACUCGGACGGUUGGGAGAGUGUUGUCCUUGCUGUUGGUCAGCUACGGUCGGCCCGCGUGCGACGACGUCACGAUACACCACGUGCUGCGAUUGCGAGGGAAUCGCGUCGUUUGCGAACUGCGCGGUCAGCAGUUUUACGCAGGCUCUUCAGAAGCAUAUAACGUGAUCGAUAUGAGAUAACGCAACACGCAUCGAAACAAUGUUCUCCAACAAUAGCAGCAAAGUGGCCUAUAAACGGCUCAACGUCCAACGAGUACCUGACAAAUCCAUCAUUCUGAAACUAGUCAUCCCCAUCGUAGUUUUGUUCUUUGUAAUAUUUUGCAUCAUUGGAUUACUUACUCCACGACCUACCAAUCGAUAUGAUUGGUACGAAGGAAGCACGGAUGUCCAGCCUUUGGUCAAUGACUCCAACACACUGGAGACGUUAAAACAUCUCUUGAACUGCAAAUCCGUAGAUGACCGGCCCCGAAUCGAGACCCGGGGUGAUUUCUAUGUGCUGAAAAAUUUCAUCAAACCCAAGCGACCACCGCCGGAGUGCCACGAAAGCAUCACCUAUACCACCCAUGGGGACUAUCGGUUUCUGGACAAUAUGAUUCCACUGUUGGAGCGAUGGCAGGGACCGCUCAGUUUGGCCGUCUACGCUCCCGGUGAGGAGUUCGGGAUCGCUAUUGAAUCGUUGCGGUAUCUGAUAUACUGUGACCGGCAGUCCUAUCUGAUGGACGAGCACGCAUCGGUGCAUCUGUACUUUGACUUCGAACGAAUGCCUCCCAAGCCGAUCGACUUCUACAAGGACUUGCUCCGAACACCGCUGGACUGUCCCUCUGAAAACGCAUCCACCUAUCUUCCAUCGCUCGAGAACCCCUCCAACCAUACCUACCCAGUGAACGUCGGACGCAACAUUGCUCGAGAUGCCGCGCAAACACAUUUUGUCCUUGCGAGUGACAUCGAACUCUACCCCAACCCGGGAUUCAUCGAAAUGUUCCUGAAAAUGAUAGCCCAACCAGUCUAUCGGUACACCCUAAACACGCCCAGUGUCUAUGUCCUGCCUGUCUUCGAGGUUGCCGACUCAUCGCCCGUACCAGAAGACAAAAUUGAGCUCCUACGUAUGCUUAAAACCGGCGACGCCAUCAUGUUCCACGAGAAGAUUUGCGCCCUGUGCCACACGGUGCCAAACUACGACGAGUGGCUGGCGAUCGUCAAGGCCGAUAAAACGAUGGACAUUCUGGUGACGGCCAAACGGGAGGGCCGGUUCGACCUGUGGGAACCCAUUUACGUGGGAACCAAGCGGGAGCCGCAGUACCAGGAACGGCUGAACUGGGAGGGAAAAUUCGACAAAAUGACACAGGGUUACAUCAUGUGCGUACUCGGCUACAAUUUCCACGUUCUGGACAAUGGAUUCCUGGUGCACAAGCCCGGUUUCAAGAAUGUAACGGAAGCAGCUCGCCCGGACCAGGAGAAAGUGCAGCGAAAGUUCGUGGAGGAGGUGAUUUUCGAAGAACUGAAGGUUUUGUACGGUAAGAACAAACAUUGCCGUCUGUGAAGUGAAAUAAAACUCAAGUCUUACAAUUA